UAAUUAUGAACUUCGUCUUAAUUUGGUUUAAAUCGUAGGUCUUCCAUGCUGAAAAUGACAGUAAGAUCCGGAAAAGUUGCAAUGAAAGGAAUAAAUCCUGUCUUCAUAUGCGGUUGCUUGCUCAUUUAUCAGAGCAUCUUGAGUCGAUUUUUCUUCUGUUUUGUUUUUCUCUUUGAGGGAAUUAAAGGACAUUCCAUGGCAUGUCCGCUUUCUUUUCUUUUUAUAUAAUUUAUGGGCACUAAGUUCGGUCCGUGUUGUGUUUACUGUCUCCUCCAGCUUUGUAAUGAGAGAAUACUUUUGGUCUCCCGGAUGUUUUUGCUUGCUUUAUGUAAUUUCCGCGUGCCUUCGGUUUCGAUAACUCCAUCACCGAUGGAAUGGAACACUGCGAUGGUCUUAAAGUUUGGCAGCAACGGGACGGGAACUUCUAUUCGAACUAUUCUGCGCUCUUCGAACUUCUUUCCUACGUCAGUCUUUGGGUGAAAUUCGUAAACUUGACCCCCUUUGGGCAGAACUGGCAUUUCAGAGUUGUGUUCUCUGUGUAUUAUUAGAUGUCCCACAUCUCUUAUCGAAACACUCGUCUGCUGAUUAGUGAGCUCGACUUUAUUUAUCUGGCGCUUCUGCCUCCAUCAUGUAGCUCCCGUCGACAGAUAACGUCACCAUGGAGACGAUCUUUGUGACGUCUGUGUCAUUGUUCCGUAAAAUUAACCAUCCGUGAUCCAUCAUCCUCCAACCAAUCCGUAUUUUGUACCCUUUAUGAUGUUUCCGUAGUCCGUGAUAUCCGUAUUUUGUCAACCACUGAAGUCGACUUGCAGUCACCUUUUAAAGCAAAGUUUAAACUCCUGAUAUUUAGUUGUGAUGGUCCAUUAACACACACAGAUUACACUGGGGAACAAUUUGAAACAAAUUUCUGUUUAGAUUUUUAUGCUGAUUAAAACUAAAAUUGGCAUGCCGAUUCCAAAAUUGCAGUCAGUUUUUUUUUUUUUUCCCCCCUAGCACGUCAAGUUUUUUCUCUACAGCUUACCCUCCAGAUAAGCAAAAUUCCACUGUAGUAAGACUAUUUAAAGGUUAUGGAAGAAUGUUCUCAGGGUAGAUGGGAUGUACAUAUGAUGGCUGACUAUUGCUGGAGCAUCAAACGCGACAGUCCUCAAGUUGAACACUCCAGAAAGAGCUAUAGAGAUCUUGCAUGUGACGUCACAGCCGAUCCAGAUUGUGACAGACGCCAUCGUGUCGGUCAAACGCCAUAUUCUGCCUUCUACUUCUGCUUUUACUUCUACCUUUUUCUUCUGGAAAACCCUACUAUAUACAAUUCUACUACAACGGCUGCGGCUACAAGCUCUCCCUACCUGUGCACGUUUUUAUGUUUUUUGUGUGUAUUUUUGCGUGUUGUUCGUCUGUACCGGACUUCAAUAUCCACUACAACCGUAUGGACUUACUGGACAUUGGUUUCCAGCAGAAAAUGACGGUUUGUAGUGAUUUCCAUCGCAUGCACAACAUUCCGGACGAGAAAAAAAAAAAAAAAAAACAUUCCGGACGAGACCAGAUUGCGAGACCAGCGGGGUCUCCGUGGAUUGUUAUUGGAAGCAAAGCGAAGGAGGCGGCGCCGGGAGCCGAAGCAAAAGCGAGGCUACAGGCAGAGCCGGCCUGUUGACUAAGCUCAGAAAACAGCUACUCAAACCUCCACUGCCAAGCCUCUACCUCUCCAACACCAGAUCCAUGUAAACAAGACGGACGAUUUGGAAUUACCUUAUUCUAUUCUAUAAUCGGCUGGUCAGUGCUAUACUCAAUACUUAAGUGACUUACCCAUCCAGUGAGGAUUAUUUUCUUGUUUACAAGAUGCCACAUCUGAGUCGCUGACAAAUCCUGAAUUUCUGUAAAGAUAACUGUCCAGAGAUUUAUAAGCACGCAGUGCUUCACCACUGAACAGCGAGGGAAAGUUAAUGAGGUGAACACACGAUGGCGAGUUGUGACCCUGCAACACCAAGCAGCCUGAGUGAGGAGUUUGCUGUCCCGGCUCAUGUUGAGGAGGUCAGGGGGGUGAUGGCGGCGUUUGCGGAGCAGCAUGGAGCUGCAGGUCGCAUGGUUGUGCUCAUCACUUCAGGAGGCACCAAGGUUCCUCUUGAGUCCAGGACAGUGCGCUUUCUGGACAACUUCAGCAGCGGCCGGCGUGGAGCCUCCUCAGCAGAGUAUUUUCUCGCCCAGGGGUAUGCUGUGAUUUUCCUGCACAGACAGCGCUCUCUGUAUCCAUUCACACGCCUCUACUCAGGGCUCAAUCUGCUGGACUGUCUGACAUUAGACACGGUUCAGGAGGGCACUGGUCUGGUCACAGUGGAUCAGACAAAGCUGCCAAACAUCACAGAGGUCCUGAAGCGGUACCAGGCAGUCAAAUCUGCAGGGUUACUUCUUCCAGUGGAGUUCAGCACUUUGUCUGAGUAUCUCCACCUUCUCAAAGCUGCAGCACAAGCUCUCAGUUCAAUAGGUUCCAAAGCUAUGUUUUAUUUGGCUGCGGCGGUUUCUGAUUUCUACAUCCCAGCUUCUGAAAUGCCAGAGCACAAAAUACAGUCCUCCAAUGGACCUCUACAGAUCAGCAUGAAAAUGGUACCUAAAAUCCUUAAACCACUGGUGAAGGACUGGGCCCCAAAAGCAUUCGUCAUUUCAUUCAAGCUGGAAACUGAUCCGUCCAUCCUCUUGGAGCGAGCUCGUUGUGCCUUGGACACCUACAAGCACCAAGCAGUCGUGGCUAAUGUCCUGGACACACGGCGCGGUUACGUCGUCAUUGUGACUAAAGCCUCCCAGCAAGAACUGAUCCUUACGGACGAGGAAGCUCAGAGAGAAGUAGAAAUCGAAGAGAAGAUCGUCAAGAAUUUGUCGCAUGCGCACACUCAGUUCAUAAACCAAAAAGGGUAGAAGUGUGUUGGCGGUCUCCUAACUCCGUCCAUGUUCUUUUACUUAAGUUAAAACGGUUCAAGUCGAGGUGUCCGUACCGGUUCUAGAUCAGUGGAAGAUACAGACUUGUACAUGCCUUUUAAUUCAGUCAGUCUAGAAUAAAUUGUCAUCCUCAGGUGGUGGAUGUUCAGGAUCAAGUAACAGACUCUCACUUGUCACCAGCUACAUGAAGGAAAAAACUCAGCAUGAAUAUUCCCCAUACACCCAUUUACUGAUCUUUGGCAUGCAGUUAUUAAUAAUGUGCAGAGUUACAAGUUUGUCAUUGUAAAACAUAGUUUAAUUCUGAGUAUGUUUAUCAAGUAAUGAUAGUUUUACUUUUUCCAGACAUAAUUAGUCAGGCAAGGAAACGUAAUCAGUCCUGAAGUCAUAUCACUGCUGCAUGAUUAUCAACUCAGAAUUUAUUGAAUGAACAUGCACAUCAUAAAAAAUGGUUCGCAAAUAAACAUCUGAUUUUACACAAACUGAACGAAC